AAGGAAAUUCCUUCUUUUUUUUUUUUUUUUUUUUUCUUUUUUUUUUUUUUCUGCAGUAGAAGCGAAUCCUCGCAGCCCUGAAGGAGCCCUCAAAUCUCCCGACUUUGCCAUAAAAAAUCUGUUGCUCCGCUUGUUUCCAAGUGUUCCCUAUCCCGGAUUUUUUUACCCCGGGAAUUUGAAUCCCAGCUCACUCUUUGAAUCCCAAAUCCCGAACAGAAUGGGGGAAAAAAACCCUGAAUCCGUCAUUUCAAUGCUCUUGUGCCGUUUAAUAGGGGGGAUUAUAAUUUUUCCUCCGUUCCAAGGGGGGCCUGGGGAGGGCUGGAAAAGCUGGAAGACCUCGUGGCCUCGGCAAUUCCUGGGAUUUCCGAGUCGUGGGAUCGUGGGGCUGCUCCAAGAGGGGUUUUUCCCCAGCCUGGAUAUUCCUGUUUUGCUGGAAAUGGGAUGGCAGGGCUGGGGGUGAGCAGAAUUCGGGGACAUCGCUGUGUCCCCCCUCUGUCUGUGCCAGAGCUGAUCCGUGGGGAUGGAGAAUCCUUCCCAAAAUCCCUCUUUUUGUGCCCAGGGAGUGCUGAAAAGCAAAACGUGGAUUUUUGGCGCAGGUCAAACAUCCACAGGGAAAACCUGGGCGAGGUGGGCGCAUCCAUGGGUUUUCCAUCAUGGAAAAUCCCGUCGAUUCCCGAAUUCGCCCAUCCCAAAUUUCUCCCCUUAGUGGUGUUUUUUGGGCGAUUGUCGGAUCACUGCUUGGAAAGUUCGGGAAUUUUUGUGGGGUUUGGAUUGCUAACCUUGGGAGCAGGGAUUUUGGGAGGCUCGGGAUGGGCUCCAAACAUUCCCGAAGCUGGGAAGGAGGGAUGGAGGGGGGGGGAGGAUGGAGCCCCCCACCUUCCUCGUUUUCCCAUCUCCCCCAAUCCAGGCUCAGCUCCCACACGCUGCUGGGAAGAGGUGAAAUUAAUCCCUAUGGAAAUUUAUUUAAAUGAAUUCCCGCCUGGACACUCAAGCUGUUCCCAGCCUGGCGAGGGGGGAGGGAGUGGAGACUCCCGGGAACCCCGAUUGCCCCCCUUACAGCCACAUUUCCUGGGAUUAUUCCCUCCUGGAAGUGCGGAGUUGAGCCCCAAAUCCAGGACACUGCCCAGGCCCUUGGCUGACCACACCCCCUGGCCAGGACUUUGGGACCCCCUCGAGCCACCCGCAGUGACAAGGACACGAGGGAAGAGGUGCCACCGCCUGUCCCCGAGGUCACCCUGUCCCCAAGAGACCCCACCCAGAGGACGGUGCGUGGUGACAAGAGUGGACGUCGUGGGGGUCCAGGUGACCGAGAAAGGCCGGACAAAAGGCAAGGCUGGGCUGGAGCCGUGGAAUUCCCACCCCAGGGGCGACAGCUCUAAAAUCCCACCAAACCUUUCCGGGGAUCAGCGAUGAGCCGGGACAAACCUCGGGAAGGACAUCCCGAAAUUCCCAACCUCCCAAUCCCUCCCACCACACGCUCGCCGCCGCCGCCGCCCAAAUAUUGAGCUCUACAUUAAAUUAGCAAGGGGAAAAUAAAUAAAUAAAUCAAGGAAUCAAUCAAUAAAUAAAAUUAAAAAGGUCCGGGAGGGAAAGGCGAGCACGUCGGAGGGGAAGCGUGGCAGUUUGUUAUGCUAACCGAGGGGGGCUCCGCUCGGGGGACAAGUCGGAGAGGUCUGAAGAGCAAGGAGUUCACAGGCCCUCUCCUUUUGUCAUGCUAAAAGUGCAACACAGAAAAUAUAUACAGGCAGCUGCUCAA